ACAACAACCACUGCUGAUCCUACAACAACCACAGCUGCUCCUACAACAACCACAGCUGCUUCUACAACAACCACAACAGCACCAACAUCAACAGAUGCUCCGACAACACCCACAGCAGCUCCAACAUCAACAGAUGCACCUACAACAACCACAGCUGCUCCUACAACAACCACAGCUGCAGCUCCUACAACAAGCACAGAUGCUCUGACAACAACCACAAAUGUCCCAGCAUCAACCACAACAGCACUAACAUCAACAGAUUCACCUACAACAACCACUGCUGCUCCUACAAUAACCACAGCUAGUGCCGCAACAACCACAGCUGUCCCAGAAACAACAACAGCUGCUCCUAUAACAUCCACAGCUGCUCCUACAACAACCACAAAUGUCCCAGCAUCAACCACAACAGCACUAACAUCAACAGAUAGUCCUACAACACCCACAGCAGCUCCAACAUCAACAGAUGCACCUACAACAACCACAGCUGCUCCUACAACAACCACAGCUGGUCCUACAACAACCACAGCCAGUGCUGCAACCACAGAUGUCCCAUCAACAACCACGGCAGCUCCUACAACAACCACAGCUGAUUCUGCAACAACCACAGCGGCUCCUACAACA